AUGCAGUCAGCAUAUUCUGAUUCUACGUAUUUUUUCUUCUUUCAUCCACACAGGUACUACGGCAGCAGUGUGCACAACACGAAGCUAUGGAUCGUCAUGGAGUUCAUGGCAGGCGGCAGUGUGGCUGACUUGCUCCAGGAGGCCCCUCUGGAUGAGGCGUCCAUUGCCUACAUUCUGCACGACCUGCUGCAGGCGCUGGAGUAUCUUCACUCGGAGAAGAAGAUUCACCGCGACAUUAAAGUAAUUGACCUGCUGCAGGCUCUGGAGUAUCUGCACUCAGAGAAGAAGAUCCACCGCGACAUCAAAGCAGCGGCCAACAUUCUGUUGAACGAGGAUGGGGAUGUCAAGGUGGCUGAUUUCGGUGUGUCCGCCAAGCUCACCAAAACCAUCUCGAAGCGAAAGUAUUCACAUCACAUGCAUGCCCCUCCUCUGCCUGCCACGUGUGCCCCCCUAUGCCUGCCACGUGUGCCCCCCUAUGCCUGCCACGUGUGCCCCCCCUACGCCUGCCACGUGUGCCCCCCUAUGCCUGCCACGUGUGCCCCCCUAUGCCUGCCACGUGUGCCCCCCUAUGCCUGCCACGUGUGCCCCACCACGCCUGCCACGCAUCUUUCUCCUAGGACACCACCAUCUUCCUCCUCCCGUCCACCCCGUCCUCUUCCUUCACCCCCCCAAUCCCCCACCUUGCAGGCGGACAUCUGGUCGCUGGGCAUAACAGCCAUCGAGAUGGCCAAGGGGGAGCCGCCCUUUGCGGAUCUGCACCCCAUGCGCGCGCUCUUCCUCAUUCCCAAGGACCCUCCGCCGCAGGUGAGAGUGUGUGCACAGGUAAGGGGCAUGGGUAUCCCCUUGGUGAGUGCGGAUCUGCACCCCGUGUGUGCGCUCUUCCUCAUCCCCAAGGACCCUCCGCCACAGUUGGACGAUCACUUUUCAAAGCCCUUCAAGGAGUUUGUCAAUCUCUGCCUCAACAAGACAGCCAGGGAGGUGAGAGGAGGGGGUGCGGAGUCGAGAGGGGUGGGUGGGUGGAGAUGUGAGAGUAAGAGGUGGGCAGGUGAGAGGGGUGAAAAGGGUGAGAGGUGGAAAGGAGAGGGGGAGGAAGGUGAUAAUGAGGCGGCUCUGCCCAGCGCCAAGGAAUUACUGAAGCACCGGUUUGUCAAAUACGCGCGCAAGACACCGCGGAUCAUUGACCGCGUGAGGGAGAGGGUGGAGAGUGCGGGGGAGCGAGUGGUAUCGCCCCGUAUGAAGCCAGACGACCCUGACCUUGUCUCAAAACUCGCUGCUGGUGUUGCUGCCAGCACCGUCGCUGCUGCCACCGCUGCCAGCAGCGCUCCUAGGCACUCGCGCAUGGCGAGUUGGGAUUUUGGCACGGCCACGGGCACCAUGAAGCCCACUGAGACGCUUCGCAGGCAGAUUCGCGCUGCUGUUGCUGAUCCCUCUGAAGGGGGGCCUGAUGGCCUGGGGCGGGAUGAUGGGGGAGGGGGAGGCGGAGGGAGCGGGGGAGGGGGAGGCGGAGGGAGCGGGGGAGGGGAUGGGUAUGAUGGGGGGAAGCGGAGUGGCACUGUGCGGCGCAAGCCGCGUGAUUCUGGGAGUGGGACUGUAAAGAAGGGCGCGAAUACAGGCACGGUUAAGGCCAGCAAGGGGAAAGGGGGGUCGUCGGGGGGAGGCGCAGGGGGAGGAGGCGGGGGAGGAGGAGGAGGGGGAGGCGGAGGGGAGGAGGGAGUGGCGAAUGGGGAGAAAGGGGGGUUGUAUGGGAGCGGGUGGGGGAGUGAGAGUGAGGGCUCAGGCACCGAAGAAGAUGGGUGCGCUCUCUUUCUUUCCUCCCGCUUUGCCAACCCUUUUCCUUUGCCUCACAGGAGGGCGGCAAGGGGCGCAGGAGAGGCAGCAAGCCGCCCGUGUCUGAUGGCUCUCGAGCGGUAUGAUGGGUGGUGGCAUGGAUGGGAUGUGAUGGCAAUGAUAACACGGUCUGACUCUGCAGAGGGCGGAAGAAAGGAGGACUCGGAAACGAACAUGGCGGAGGCACUGAAGGCCAUGAAGGGGGGAAAGAGCCAUGCUGCGUUGACUCAUAUGUUCCUUCCUUCUGUGCCCUCUCCCUGUUGUCCCUCUUUUGUGUUCCUCCUUCCGCAUUCCUUUCCUCAGUCUGAGGAGGGCGGAAGAAAGGAGGACUCGGAAACGAACAUGGCGGAGGCACUCAAGGCCAUGAAAGGGGGAAAGAAGGGCGGGGGAGGGCGGGCGAGCAGAGGAGGCGGGGGAGGGGGAGGAGGGGGGGGAGAUGCCAUGGACAGUGGCACAGUUCGAACAAGAAAACCCAAGGCAGGGGGGCGGAAGGGCGGUGGGGGAGGGGGAGGGGAGGAGCAGGGAGGAGCGCGAGUGGCUGGCAGGGAUGCUGCUGUGUCGUCCUCGCCUCUGCUCUCCCUUGUGCUCAUGCCUGCAUUUAAAGAGAAACAGCAGCAGCAGCAAGCAAGGAUAAUGUCCCCUUCUUUCUUCUCUGAUUCAAAUCCCCUGGUCACACCAGGCCUGGCAGCAGCAGAUGCACGGGUGGAGAUGGAAGGAAGCCUGCUCGGCAAGCUCGGCAGAGCAUCAGAGGAGGUACCCCCCUCCCGUGACCUGAAAGCCAACGCUCGCAGGCAGUUUGGAUGGGGUAACUAA